AAACCCCUUAACAAAAGCAAGCAAGGACCCACCGCAGAACCAGCAAGCCAGUUUUGUAUCCGUGUGUUUGUCAAGGGGGUUGUGUACAUGUUACAAGGUACAAGUCUGCAUACAUAGUGAGAGAAGGGGGGAAGAGGUUCACUGAUGAGAGAGACAGGGGCUUAAUGAUAAUCAAAAUACGCAGAUUGCAAUUAUAGUUCAACCAGAUUCCUCCAUGGUGCAACACAUUCAGGUUGAUGUUUCCUGAAACAGUCAUCCUCACUGGUCGAAUAAAAAAAAAUCAACUGAGAAUCACUUAGGUCUAUCUUAGGCGAUAUAAGCGCCUGGUACAGAGCUUCUUAAGUAUUCACCAAACCCUCGUCACUUUGGGAAGCGGACGUCCAAACCCUACCCGAAUGGAUACAUCUAUUGUCGGGGGACAGUUCCCCCACAACUUAGGUCCGCUCGGACUUUACGCCUUCGGCUCACCGGGGCUCGGGUUCCAUGCCUCCCGUGCCUUUGACUUCAGUCUACCCGUGUCGUCGGCGUCGUCUGGACCCUUCUCGCCGGACGGAUUCUUGGGGAAGAGCUCGCAGCUCAGUGAUGUAUCGUCCUCGUGUGGAUCCAGCAUGUCGAAAGCAAAAGCCAGCCCGAGUGGAGACUCUAUGCUAGAUGGAGACGGAAAGGACGGCAGUGGGUCUAAGAGGCGCCGGAGCCGGACUAACUUCAAUGGUUGGCAGUUAGAGGAACUUGAGAGGGCUUUCAACGAGAGCCAUUACCCUGAUAUCUUCACACGGGAGGCGCUUGCAAUGAGGCUUGACCUCGUGGAAUCUAGAGUACAGGUGUGGUUCCAAAAUCGAAGGGCGAAAUGGCGCAAGAAGGAAAACACCAAGAAGGGACCAGGGAGACCAGCUCACAACGCUCAGCUUAUCACAUGCAGCGGCGACCCGAUUCCCCCAGAGGAAGUAGAGAGACGAGAGAGACUCCGACUAGAGAGAAAGAAACAAAAGCAACGUGAGAAAGCAGAGAGGACGCUGGCUAAAGGCAAGACACAGUCUACAACGGAGCAAGGAAUCAAGUCGAGCACAGAGGAGGGUGGUGAGGAGAAUGGUGGGGAGGAGAGACACCCAGGAGAUGGUGAGCCCAUUGGUGGCACAGCAUGCCCUCUCCCACUCCUCUCACCACUCAAGCCUGACACCAGAGACUUGUUAACAUCAGAGAAGAAACUCAAAAAGUCCAGCAAGUCCUCAAGGAGCGAGAAGAGCAGACGAGAGAGCAAGCAGAGAAGUAAGCUCCAGCAACACUGUACCGACUCAGCUUCGGCAUUCCGGAGUUCCUUCAGCAUUGACUGUUUGCUAUCACCACGGCCGAGUGAUGUCAACGCACGGGGCUUCGGGUUCCUAGCUGGACAUUACGCCGCUGCAGCCAGUCUAGCCGCAUCGCCCUACGCUGCCGCCCUAGCCCCCUUUACCUGGAACACUCUAUCAGCUGCUUUAGCAUCUGGCUCACCCCAGCCGCUUGGAUUCUUAGUUGAGCGACUUUUACCCCCGAAGCCGCAGUUGCCAGUACUACCCCAGAAUCCCUUAGACGUCCUGGAGGAACAGAAAACCCUCAGUGUGGAGCGACUCAGGAAACGGGCUGAGGAACACAAGAGUAAAGUCGCCGUGCGAAAAGACAACACCAGUGAUACAGAGUCAACGAAGAUGGACUUAACAUGACAAUCUGGAAACGACGUUCGCUGGAAACAGUCUGCAUAUUAUAUAAAUACAAUUGGAACUUUAUCAAUUUCUUAAAGAACUACUGAAAUUCACAUGGACUUAUUUGCCAAGUAUUGAACAUUUUUUUAUUACAUGCUUUUGAUUUAAUUUUUCAUUUCUUGAGUGGCUGUAACUUGAAACUUUCUGCUUUGUAUUAUGUUUUGCCUUUAAUUUAAAUUUGAUGAAAUUUGUCGGGUCCUACAUUUCUUUUCCCCUAAAAAAUGUACGCAGUCUCGUCGGUUCUUUUAAAAUCUCUCCAAAACCAUGCCAAGGUGUUAGUUGAUACACUCAACACAAUUCUUUGUGUUCUACUUUGGUUGAAUGGUACCCGACAAGCGAAGUGCAUCGAACAUGCAAGUCAGAUAUAAGUUAAGAUUCCAAAGAUUCGCCUUAAUGGGUAAUUUUUCAACAUGUUUGCCCAAAAGCGAUUCUUAAAAGAUAGUGGAAGCCACUUUGAUUAUACUCGAGUAUACUUUACAAAGUGGAUUCAGUUUGAUCCUGGCAUCGUUCAUGCGUCAUCGGACCGGAUUCUUCACUCGGGCAACUGGCAAUUGCCACUACGCCCCUCUCUUGGCCCCUGGCCUUAGUGCCCUUUGAAUACUCCUGUGCAAAUAUCCGUUCCCCUCAUAGAGUCACACAGGUGCCAUUUACGCUUGGAAAACUGCCUUGUCCUUACAAAGAACAUAGGCAGGUUCGAAACCAGGAUUUCGGCUUUGGGCUUGAGCUUGGGCUCCGCCAUCUAUUUAGAAGAUUUGUUCUUUCCUUACGGGUUUCAGCCAGGUGAACGGAGCACACACCCGGCCCAGGCCGUUGUUUCGAAAACGCCUAAGUAUAUCCAGGUCUGGUAGUUUGAUAUUUGUUAUGCCCUUGACCUUUGACCCUGCUGGGUGGCAAUGAACAGUGAUGUCAUAGUAAUAUUAACAUUCUGUUGAGAUGUUAAUAUCAUAGGUAUAUAGGACAAUAUCAAAACUCCAGUACAAACAAUUGCAUCAAAAUGAGCAAACAAAAUGUAAUAAUAUUUUACCAAAAUACUAUUUUGUUUAGGUUUUUUUCAUUGGACCUUCUUUUUAACAGGCCUUUUCACUCAGGACUCGUAUGUAAAACAAUUCAAAUAUAUUUCAAACAUAAACGUCAGUUUCAAAUUAAUCACGCAGUCUUGCGAUCACGAUUAAUUGUUGUUGCAUUUGGGCAAUCUCAUACCUGUUUAUAAUAACUUUGCAUAGCUCUCUGAAAUUUGCAUAAUUAUCUUAAAACUUAGCUUGACUUUGAGUGGUGUAUAUGACAGCCCAAAAGUUCGCUUUGCAAACCGGAUGGAGAGCAAACCAAAAGGCUGCUCAUGAAAACGGCUGACUUGUUGCCUCUAGUGUUAAUUUAUUCAAAUAUUCAAAUAUUAUUCAAACAAGCCCAGCUUGUACACAUAGUCCUACGCUAAAAUUGCCACCAAUACAUCUUAAAACAAAAACAGAUGAUAACUUGUUUUCCCUUUUUUCCAUAUUUUUUUUAAAAUGGAGAGAAAAGGGAGAAUCAAAAUUAGUACACUUAUUUCAGUUAGACAUAGUCAAAAACAUGGACAGAAAAUAAUGAAUGAUUAGUAAAUGAAAAAAAUAUAUAUAUAUAUAAUGAAUACGGAGCAAACAAAUAUGGGGCAUUUUCAUGUAUUCUUUUUUAAUACUUAAACAAGAGUAGUCCUUGAUUAUUAUAUACAUAAAACCCCCACCCUCCUAAUUAUUUGCCCCUGUAGCCCCCCUCCCCUUCCCCUACUAAAAUGUUUUUGUUUACGCCGUUGCUGCAAUAAUGACGUCCAUUUCAAACCUACCAGCAAAGAUACUGUAUAGCUUUAUUAUUUUAAGUGGUUUAGAAUUCAAUCCCAACAUCCAUAUACAUGUAUCCCCACGUCAAAGUUUUAUAAAGCAAAAUAUUGUUAAAAUUUGUUAGCAAAGUAUUGUUAAUACUUUAAGUGACGUUCUAAACAGUGCCAUAUUUCUUUCACUUCAAGAUACCUUUUCAAUUUUUAAUGAUUAACUGAAAUAUACCAUUAAUUGUUUGAGUUAAGUAUCGUUUCAUAUUUUCAAUGCACGGUAUGGUAUUAUAACCUCAAGAAGCACGUCAGUAUUAUUGAUUUCAAUCUAUUUUCAGAUGGGACUGAAUGAAGUCUAUUAUUUUUGUGAACAUUUUCAAAUAUUGAUACUAUUUAUCUUCACUAAACAAAAAAAUAGGCAUCAACAAAACAAGUUUUGUUUUGAUAUUUUAUUCGUUCUAUCACAAAAACAAAACAAACAUGGCAAGAUUCAUGUGCAUAAAAGCACAUGUCAGCAGCCUGGUAUCUUGCUCAUAAUGGACAGUAUUUUGUACAAUCCUCUUGUUGUUACAUUUGUGGUUACAGGAUACUAGACAGCUGAGGGUUAAAGUGCCAGCAUUCAGAAAGUUUGUGUAAUGGCUACGUCUGAAUCAAACGACUUCGGCUACAGCUACAGCUGCUAGCUAUAGCCACAACAUAUAGAAUAACAGUGCCCACUUUCUUAAAGCCUGUAUUCAAGCAUGAAAACAUGCCAGCACAAAAAAAAAAAAAAAAUUACACCGUUGCAGUUGGUGCCCAACUCAUCAUUUGCUCGACAGCUCUGACUUGGGCAUAUGACUUUUCAGUGAUUCGGUCACAGCCACUGUUUUAUUUACACACCAGUCGAUGCGACCAAACGAGGCUGUAAAGGGAAAACAGUCUGACAGCCUUUACAGAUGAAAACUGGAACUUGUCACUGAGUAUUCUGGGUACCAGACAAGGCAUGCCACAUACUAGCGUUUUGUUUCUUGCUGAUGUAUAGUGGUAUAAUCAUGUUUUAGCUACUGUUUUGAGAUUCAAAUUUUUAAUCGGGCGCUAUUCUCACUUGGUCGAAAUAUACACAGGUCGUGUACGAAUCAGCAGCUACGGCUGGAUCACCGCAUCAUCGUGUGGUGAAGUAUAGGCCAACCAGAACAACAGCCGUAGCCGUAGUCGCUUAUUCGGAUACGGGCCAUUAUAACAUAUUUUGUUUUAGUAUAUUUUGUUAUUUUUCUGUUUUAAGAAAGUGGGUGGUUGAGUUCUUGUAUGACCAACGACAUUUGUAAUUAUUCAUCUUGUAAAUCAGGAAUGUUUUAUGAAAUAGAGUAGAAUAAAAUAUUCGGUCACGAGAAGAUGGCCGAUGUG